AUGCUGCCAGAGCUCAGGACUGGGGACUGGCUGCUGUUCCCUGACUCAGGGGCCUACACGGUCGCGGGUGCAUGCGACUUCAACGGCAUCGCCAUGACAGAGCCGGCCAAGUACUACGUCUUCUCAGAGUGCGCGGUGGACGCACCCCCGGCACCAGAGGGCGACGGCGACGAGUGA